AUGGGUGCAAGAGAAAGCAAGUUAAGGAAAUGGGUGAUGAGUAGUGGAAGUGCUUAUUAUUAUAAGCGCUUAGAAGGCACUCUAUUGGUACCUAAGGGUUAUGUUCCAAUAUGUGUUGGCAAAACUGAGGAUACAUGCAAGUGGUUUAUGGUUCACACCAGAGCACUUGGUGAUGCAUAUUUCCAAGAGCUGCUGGUUAGGUCUGUUGAGGGAUAUGGGUUUAGGAAUGAAGGGGUUCUGAGGAUCCAAUUCGAAGCACAAGAUUUUGAAGAGUGGUUGAUCAAAAGGUCCAAGUCCAAUGAGAAGAUUACAUGUAAGAGGAGGGUUAAACCAAUUUAA